UGGGCUGCCCUGCCAGCAGCACAGCAGGCUGAUUACAAACGGCGCUUCGUUUGCGCUUUUGUCGCUCCGCAGUCUCUCUCCCACCUGUACGGUGUGGAGGGGAGGCCCCAUGAGUGCGAGAGAGACAGAGCACGUUCGGAAUGAGCGUGCAGCUGUCGAUAUCCAGAUGCUUGCCCUAUCGGCUAUCGGCCGCCACACGCUACGCGACACGCGCCUUGGCUUAUCUCCCACUUUGUUUGGAAUGCGCGCUACGAGCCAGCAGUCGUGUGGCCUUCCCUUUGCGUUGCGAGGCCGACUCGCCUCAGUCGCGCGCAGCCGUUCCCCGGGGCCCCGGCGCUGAGCCUCUCUAGAAGGACUCUAUCGCGUUCUCGCGACACCAGUCUCCAGUUUUACCGUCUUCCCUGUCAAUUUACCUCUUUGCCGCGCAAAGUGACGGAAAAAGUGACAGCGCGGUCAGAAACCCAGUGACAUCCCUGCGCGCCGAGUGGAAGGCACCCGACGCGAACAGCAGAAAACAGCUGUGCGUGUGUGUGUGAGUGCGUGCGUGUGUUGACGUGCGUGAGUGUGUGGGAGGGAGCCUUGUUGUCGACGGCUGUGCUGUCUGCUGUCGCUGUCUCUGUCUCUGUCUACGGAUCUCUGCUUUCUUCUCUCCUGCUGCUCCUGCGGCAGUGCGAGUGCGAAUGUCCUGCGUGAGACAGACCUAACAGAAUGGACGCGUAAACAUGGGGGAGCCAAGUGGCGAUGAAUGUGAACCUGUGCUAUUGAACACGUUCGUAAUCAAGAAGCAACGAUGCAGGGUCUACUUUCACCGUGGUCUGCUCAAGUGGGAGUCGGAAGCCGAUCCUUACAUUCGUGUGUCAUUACCUUCGAAGAAUGUUGUUGGUGUGGAAUACGAACACCCCAGUGAGCUUUCUGCUUACACCAACGAAACUGUUUGUCAGGGAGAAAGUCCAGAUGAGCAUAUCAGCUUCACUCUCCACUAUGUGGUUCGAUCGAAACAGCAUAAAUUGCGGCCCAGCAAAGUAACACUUACUCAUAGCGACCCCAGACAAGUAGCAUUAUGGGUUAAAACCAUAAGAAGCUUCAUCAAAGAUUUAACUUAUCGUCCGAAGAGUCUGCUACUAUUUGUUAAUCCUUAUGGAGGCAAAAAAAGAGGACAAAAAAUUUAUGAGAAGAAUGUUAAACCUCUACUUGCCAGAGCAGGCAUUGAAGCAAGAGUUGUUAUUACACAGCAUCAAAACCAUGCUCAUGAGACUAUUCUGUCAUGUUCAUUUGAGGGCAUUGAUGGAAUAGUAUGCAUUGGUGGUGAUGGAACUUUGGCAGAGGUGUUGAAUGCUUUGGUACUGCGUACUGCAAAAGAGAAAGGUAUUGAUACAGACAACCCCAAUGCAGAACUCCCACAACCAUCUAUCUGUGUUGGUGUCAUCCCUGGAGGAAGCACUGACACUGUUGCAUACACAUUACAUGGUACAAGUGAUAUUCAAACUGCUGUUUUCCACAUCAUUUUAGGUGAGAGUACUGGGCUGGAUAUUUGCAGUGUCCACAACGAAACUAGCCUUCUUCGUUAUUAUGCUAGCAUGCUUUCCUAUGGCUAUCUUGGAGACGUAUGCAAAUCUAGUGAAAAAUUCCGUUGGAUGGGUCCAAAACGUUAUGAUUACUCUGGGUUUAGAAAAAUUUUGGCUAACCGUGGUUACUUGAGUGAGAUUACCAUAUUGUCUAGUGAUGAAGACUCUCCUGCAACUGGACCUAAGUGCUACAAAAACUGCAAUAAAUGUGGUGAUGAACCAGAUAAAAUAGAGAAACCACCCUCAGAUUGGAAAACUGUUCGAGGACGUUUUUUUAUGGUAAAUGGAUUGAAUAUUUCAUGUGCGUGUGCAAAGGCCCCAAAUGGCUUCUCGCCAUUCUGUCAUAUUGGAGAUGGUUGUCUGGAUGUUGUGCUAAUAAGACACACCUCCUUGAUAAAUAUUUUACGUUUACUCUUGCGUGUUUCAAGCAAGACAAGGACAAUGUUUGACCUACCUUUUGUGGAAGUACACAGAGCUCAAGAAUUUACUUUACAAGCAAUGCCUGAUCCACAACUUCAACUACUGGAUCCUGACGCUCCUGAUGCACAAACAAGUGUAUGGAAUUGUGAUGGUGAAGUUGUGUAUGGUACCAAUAUUAAGAUAAGAGUAAGGCGUCAACUGGUCCGCAUGUUCAGUCAGAGAAUGGAAGAAGAUGAUCGGGAGCCCUCUUGUAUUGUGUGCAAGUAGUGGGAUAACAUUUACAAUCUCUGAGAUCAAGAUGAUGAUGGUAAGGAUCACUUCAAGGGGCUUUUAUCACUAUCCUUGGUAAAAUUGUAUUACCGGUAUUAUUAUUAUUAAUUAUUAUUGACCAUCACCAGCUCUUCAUUCUUUGUUCAAAGUUUUAUUGUAUCAUAACUGUUUUUGAUCAUGAAUGAAGUUCUCACUCAACUUUAUAGUGCCAUUCUUCUGAGUGAAAUAUUUUCUCUUAUGAAUAUUUGUCUACUGUUUUUACAGUCAAUCCUUUAUUUUAAGUGACAUCACCCAAUCAGGCUCAAUUUAUUGCUCUGUGAGAAUUUAUUUCCUUGUUAUAUGUUUAGUAUUAGUCUAUUUAUGAAAAUGAUUAUAUUUAAAUAUUUUUGAAAUUGGUGUUCUAGUGCAUGAGUACUUAAAAUCUAAUCUGUCUGUGGUACAAAAAGAAACAUGUGUCACAUCACAGUAUAACUGUUCCUCUUAUGAAUUCAUACAUCACUUCCCUAUGAAAGGUUUAUAAUGAUAUGAGCAGAAUUUUUUUUUCUUGGUGGCAAUGUAGAGACCAAACAAAAAACGUUGGUACAUAUUCUUAGGCUUGAAAUGGCUAUGAAUAUGUCAAGUUCAUUCAGUUUUAUUUUUGUUGAGACUUGCAGAUUUUAUGCCACUGUUUAACUAUUCCUUUCUCCUUUUUUUUUACUUGACUUUACUUUGCUCUCUCUUGUGUGUGUCAAGUAUGGUUUGCAUUUGAUUGGUUUCAGUUACAAUACGGUGCAGUAUAUUACUCAAACAUUAUGUCAUACAUUCUUGUGCCAAAUGCAGAUUCUUUAUUUAUAUUUCUGUAACUUGGAAUCUAGUCAUCUAGUUUCCUGAUUAUCAUUUUGAUUUUGUGUUCUUUAUGUUUUGAUGAUAAUGUCAGCAAAAGUUACUUCCGAAAUAAUCUGUCAUAUCAUGCAGUAUUGUGAUUCGUAUCUAGUAUUGAAUUUCGAACAUCAUGUUUCUUGUGUUUCUUCGGUUCCUACCAAUUAUACAGUGUGCUGGCAUUAUGCUUGAUUGUAAUGCAUAUGACCUCCACAGUUUGUUCUCGUGAGAAAAUAAUUGUUUCUCUCAAACAAAAGUAUUAGGUGUGUCAGUGUCACACGCCUUGUCAACUUACCCAUGAUAUUAUUUUUGUGCAAUAACAGUAAAAGCAUUCUAAUGUUACAAAUUUAGAAAGCAAGCUGCCCAUUAUUUAGCAGACAGUACUUGGAUACAGAGCGUUUUUGGUUUAUGUAGGUUUUUCCUCAGAUUGCCACAAGGCAAUUGAAAUUAGGUGAUCGUUGUGCAGUUGGUAUUUUGUCAUAGUGAUAUUAUGGUGAUAUUUAGAAACACUUUCAUCAAGUGUUUGUGAUAAAAGGGAAUCUGUAAUUUUCUUGUUUUCAAUUAGUCUAUGAACCAAUAACUGUUCAGUCAUGUAUAGCACUUGUGGACAGUUUAUUCUCUCUAGCCUUUCCUUUUGCCUUCUGAUUAUUUCAGCUGUUGGAUGAGCUAUUCAUUUUCACAAGGCUGUAUUUUAAUAAGUAAUUACACCUGUAUUAGCUUAAGGUUGUGGUAGUCCAGUUUGUAACUUCAUACAUGUAUUGGCUUAUGGUUAUCAUAGUCCAGUUUGUAACUUCUUAAUGUUCUGGCAAAUGGUCAGAAGCUACACCAGGUAUAAUCUUGAAGUGAUGUUGAGCGAUUCAGUAUUUGUUCCAUUCGGGUACAUUCCAAGCUCGAAUUUUAAGUCUGUUAGCCAUAUAAUCUUAUCAUGUGUAGUAUUGUGCCUGGAGCACCAUCACAUAUAGGGGAAAGAAAUGAACACUUGCGUAUUACGGCUGUAUCAGUAUCAACAUUUGGUUCAAAGGUGCAACCUACCCAGUAUCUAAUUAUUUGUAUUGAAUGCAGUUUUUGUACUAACCACAAUUCAGUAUUCAUGAAGAAAUAUAAGUAUUUUUAGUGCCUUUGUUCUUGGGUCAGAAUGCUGUUUGAAACUGUUAUGACUCUUGAAACGUAUUUUGUCAGGUCCUUCUGAAUAACAUCAGUUUGAUAGAAGGUAAAGAUUUUACUAUUGAUGUGAGAAAAUUCUUUACAUUGCAUUUUCGUGUGUGCAUUUGCAUGGUUUUACUUUUGACGUUGCCAAAUAUCAAUGUGGAUGCUGAAACAGCCCUAACUGACAUUGGUUUUAUUGUUAUACUUUUUUAUUAAUUUAUAUAAAGAUAUAUUUAGUAUGGUUGUGGGAUAGACAUAUAGUCACUUUUCCUUUUUAACUAGACUUUUUUCAAACAUUGUGCACUAAUCUCGCCUCAAAAGGGGCUGAGAGAAUAGCAUGUAAAAUGUGAGUAUUAUGAAUAAUUAUUUCUGUGCUCUAUCUAGUUAAUGCUAGUAUCAAUUGAUGGUAAGAUUGGUAUGUGUCAUUUGGCACACAUUGUGAGGUGGGUAGAACUUUAUUUUACAGUGCAUAAUAAUACACAGGGCAUUUUAAAGAAUUUCAUUCAUGUAAACUUUGUGUUGUGAUGCUAAGGACUCAGGUAAUUUCAGUACAAUGUUGGUGAUGGGAUGAUAACCAUUGUCAAUUCUUCGAAAGGAGAGCAAACACAACAACUCUGAUGUAAAACUUUUCUAAACACAUACUUGAGCAUUACAUCCCAAGGCGACUUCCCCAAAAUUGAUCAUGGAAGGUUCACCCUCCGUUACUUUUUUCUACUUACUUAUUGCUCAAGAGGGAUUCCAAGCAUUUGUUAUAAAAGAGUGAUAUAUUCUUAAAAAGUAUUGUCUUUAUAUUUCAUAUAUUUUGUUGUGACUGGUUAAACCUUUUGUGAUGCUUGAAUGUUGAAGAAUGAUAAAUUUGUAUGACAUGGA